GGACCAUACUCACUCGCAAUUCCAACAUCAACAGACUCAUAGACUUGGGCAAACAAGGCUUCGAGAUAGCAGUUGGGGAUACAGAAGACUCAUUGGGAGUCUCUCCGCUAUCGAUGGACCCAGCUCAAGCGGCAGCUCUGCAGCCCGACCAGAACCGACCAGAACCAGGCUUCUUCGAGACCGUCAACCGGGUCGUCACUCAGGGUAUCCACAAACUCACCGAACCUAUCGAACAUCUGGCGGAGGCCAUUCACGGACGUUUGGAAGCCACUGACGGGGAUCUGGAAGUGGAACACUCAGAAACUGCAGUCAGAGGAGGAGAAGAGGAGAACAUGAACGGGGUCGCGACGGGGACUUCGAGCUUGGGGGGAGAAGCUCAAGCGGAUAGGACAGACGAAGGUGCUUCUGAAGCAGGGCGAAUGAUUGAUACAGGAAACAACCCUUCGUUGACCCAAUUUUAUGCCGAGAUUGAAGCUCGUGCUUCUCGAGAAGCUACUCCGGAGCCCGCACGAGAGGUAACGUCCGAAGGAACUAUCAUGCAUCAAGAGAUAGUGCAGGAAGAAUCAACUCGGGUUGAGAACAAGGAUAUUGGAGAGGCUGGGAUGGAGCCGGGACAGGCUAUCACGUCAACGGAUGUCGUUCAGGCUUCUCAGGAGCUUACUACGGCGAACGAAGGAGGUUCGAACGAGAUGGAGUUGGAGGUAAACAACGGGAACGCUGGGGAUCGACCUGGACCUUCCUUUCCGGCAAAAUCCGCCCUGGCAAACUUGGCCAUGUACAACAAGGCUCGAGCUACAUCAUCUCCCCUGUCGGACGCUCCUGGUGGGAUAGAGGACCAAAAUCAUAACGCCUCGUCCAACAAAGGAAAAACCGCAGUCCGCUUCACUGCGGAGGAGAUUGAGACAAACGAGAACGGAAAUCUGGAUUACGAGGACGAUGAUGGUCAGAGGGUGACGGAGCAGAAUAUCAUUGAUGCGGUGAUUGCGUCGGCUCAGGGUCGGAUCCCGCUAGGUGGGGUCACGCGGGAAGAGGAGAAUAGGCCGGAGGAUGUACCGAGAGGAUUGAGAUAUGCUGAAGAAGAGGUUCGACACGGGAUUCGUAUCCAACCGAUCGUUGAAAUGCUAUGCAAUCUGACGGACCCAUCCUUGAUCAAGGAGGCGCAUCUCAUGCUGGAACGAGGGAAGACGCCCAGCACAUACUUCCGGAUCGAUACUCGAGUCAACGAGCACUACGAGCGCGACUUGACCGAGUUUGACAAGGAAUCCGAAAUCAAAGCUGCUCAGAUCAGGAGGGACAGAGAAAUUGCAGCAGGGACUUAUCCCAACGAGACUGUCGAGGCCAUGGAUGCGAUUGCGAAUGCUGGAGAAGGUAUUCCGGCUACCGUACCAACUUUGACUCUGAAUGGCGCCGGGCCUUCGACCUUGCUCGACGGUUCUAGCGAUGACAAGAUUCCGGGAGUACCGCAAAAGAAACCUCAGCCGUCUCCAGUCAAUCGAGAGCUCCGAAUCGAUAUCGAUACACUGCAUCCCGCACAACUCUAUAAUCUCGAAAUGUUCCGUCGCAAGACGCUAAAGGAACCGCCUAUGGAAGUCAACCUGCUCGAGUACAUCGCUACCAAGAGUCUGAGGAAAAGGACUCCGGAGCCUCAACCGGAACCGGCUCCUGUCGUCCCUCCAGCUCCAAGGAGAACCAAGGCAGAGCGGGAUGCGGAAAAGGCCGAGGAACAGCUGGAACGGGAGCGUUUGGCCGCAGAAAUCGUCAAAGCCAUGGCUGAAGAGGAAAGGGAUCAACCUUUGCCUGAUGAUUCGGCUGACGAUGCCUACGAUCCGGUUGAUGAGAGGAGGAGCAAACGAAGGGCGGCUCGUGGACGGCCUGAUAGUGAAGAAGAAGACGCUCGUUACGAAAUGAUGCGUACGCAGAGUGGGAGGCGAAGCGGGGCGAGGCCAUCGAGAAGGCAGCCAGAAGUUAUCGAUCUGGAAGCAGGAGGGGAUGAAUCCAGCGAGCAACCGGUACGCAGGAAACGAGGUCGUCCGCCCAAGAACCCGGCCGCGACAGCUGCACAGGUUCACAGUGACAGACCGACGCCGAGAAAGCCAGGGAGACCUCCUUUGGUCCGCCCCGAGGCCGGUCCUUCGGAUAGCAAUCGACCGAUGCCGAGAAAGCGAGGCAGACCUCCUAAAGUUCGACCGGAGCCUGAACGCUCGGGCUCGCCGUCGGCCGAAAGGACAACUACUUUGCGUCGCCGCAAGGAAGCAUCAAUCAGCCCUUCCCGCAGCUCGGAAUACUCACCUGAUGUCGAAAUGUUGGAUGGAGACGAUUUCAAUGGUUUCGAGGACGACUUUCAGCCAAGCUCAACUCCCAUGCAACAAUACAACCGUGCCAGCCGACGAGUUGCCCAAUCGACACCUGUUGAACCUAGUCAGCCUCCGACUAGAAAGAGACGUCAACGAAGUGACGUGGAAUCUGAAGCAGAUGAGCCUGUCGUCAAAAGGGGUCGCAGGAGCAAGCCGGAUCAGGAGAGCGUGUCAUCUGCGCCGACUGACAGUCAGCGUGUUACGCGGUCUCGACAGGAGGAUUCGGGGAGCGCGGCCUUGGCUGGACCGUCCACCCGUACUGGAGCCAUCUCGAAAAGGGGAAGAGGUCGCGGUCAAGCUAUCGCACGAGGGGCUGGACGAUCCGCUCGCGGGCGCGGAGGUGCGAGUCGCAUCACUCGUGGACAGGGCGGAAGGAUUGCCGUCGAAUCGCCUGAACCAGUACCCACCAGAUCUACCCGUAGUGGUGCGAAGAUUAUCGAAGCCGAUGAGGCUCCUACCAGAUCUACCAGGAACAGGCCGGCUCGUGAGAGCGCUUCGCACGAGCCGAUGCCUACUAGAUCUACUCGAAGCGGUGCAAAGAAUACCGAAAGCAUUGAUACACCUACCAAAUCGAGUCGAAACAGGCCAGCUGCCGAAAACUCUUCGUCGCGUGGACGUAGAAAGUCUGUCAGCGUCAUUGAAGUGAUGAGCUCGGUCGAUUCGUCGCCGCGCGCCACACGAAGCAGCGGUCGACAUCUCAAUCUUGCGUCGGCGAAAGCCCAGAAAGUCUCGUUAGACAAGCGAGCUCGUCCUACCACUCGGCAACAAGUUGUCCAAACUCCUACACCUCGCAGGAUCACCCGUGGUUCUGACGCUAGAUCAUUCAGUCCUGUUCGUCGAACCCCUCGAGAUCGCUCUCGAGGUAACGAAAGGGCUGCGGCUAGCCAACCUGAACUUUCCCCGAGGAAUACUCGUGCUAGGAUCUCUCCCAUCCCGGCAGGUCGUUCUAUCCGGCAACGCGAGAAGGUUGCAGCCGAAUCACAGUCUGCUCGGUCCAAAUCGACACAAUCCAAACCGAAAGCGUUGCCCGUCGAGGUCAAGUCGAGAGCGACUCCUAUCAAACCCAAAACAGCCCCUUCCAAGUCCAAACCAUCUCCCAUCAAGAAGAAAUCUGCGACCGCGAGACCAAGCCAGAUGCAGAAGUCAGCUGUUCGCCCGACCCAUGCCGUCAAAGAGCCAUCUGAUCGAUACUUUAACGGUCGUAACCUGGUCAAGGGGAAGUUCGUUCUCGAGAUCUUACUCCAAAGACUGCCAAAGUCGACCAAGAGGCUGUAUAAAUGGUCAGCACUGCCCCCGAUCCCGGACGCUGCUUUGCCCAGAAGGCCCUACGAUGGCUUGCAGGAGGGAGGGGCCGUGCGACGACAGAUGGCUGCUUCGAGCGAGGUCGACCCCAUGGAGGACGUAGACGCGGCGCUUUUGAAUGCCGCAAGCCAACAAAUUGUCGAGUCGGAUGCCAGCGAGUCGCCCAUCCGAAACAAGGGUAAAGGAAGAGCGACGUAUGAAGAGGAUGAGAUUACGGUCGAUUUCGAAAGUGAAGACGGAUACGCAGUCAGGGACAUGACUACAGACGGAGUCAGCGAUGAUGGGUCGGAGCGCGGUGAAGACAACGAUAUGGACGAGGCGGACUCUGAAGGCGACCCAGACUUUGCCCAGCGAUUUGCGUUUCUUAAGUGAUCGAAAGGACGUCAGACAAUCUCGAUUGUAUAUUGUGUAGGUGUCGAGAGAUUCGUGGGAUGGUUUCGUUACAACUUGUAUGUCAACUCUCUAUGUGCGAUUCGACAAUGUCCCUAUUCCGUGCGGAUGCGCCUAUUUCACCUUCAUGAAGGCGAAUGCCAUGUAGAUCGCUGUGAAAGAGAUACGAGCGAAAGACCUGAGCACCUCAAGUACUCCUUCACCGGAAGGCGGACUCGAACUUACAGCAUGCAGACCACUGCUCAGCG